AUGGCACCAGAGCUGAGAAAACGAAAGGCGCCUGCUCCUGCUCCGGUGGCAGAGCCAAAGGCGAAGAGAGGCACCAAGGCGGGCGCCAAAGCUGAGCCCAAGAAGGAGCCCAAGAAGGCGCCCAAGGAGGAGAAGAAAGCUGCUGAACCCGAGCCUGAAGCCAACGUCGAAGCUGAAAAGGUCGAAGAAGUCGAGGACAAUAAACCUGCCAGCCUUGUCCCAGAAGAGGGCGACGUCCUCGACCUCAGCCUGUUCGAAGACGAGAUCGAGCUCAACGACGGCACCAAGACCUCGUUCAAGGCUCUGCUGGAAGAGAGCAAAGAUGGCGUUGCCGUGUUUACCUAUCCCAAGGCAUCGACUCCUGGCUGCACCAGACAAGCAUGCGCCUUUCGAGACGACUACACCAACCUGACCUCGACUGGACUCUCGAUCUUUGGCCUCUCGGGCGACUCUCCCAAGGCCAACACAACCUUUAAGACCAAGCAGAAGCUGCCGUAUCCGCUGCUGUGUGAUCCAUCCUUCAAACUAAUCGGCGCCUUUGGCCUCAAGAAGACCCCCAAGGGCACCGUCCGAGGCGUCUUUGCCGUCAACAAGGAGGGAAAGGUGCUUCUGCGCACCCCAGGAGGACCGGAGAAGACGCUGAACCUGGUCCAGGAACUGAUCAAGGGGAAGUAG